AUGACCGCACAGUUCACAGCCUCCUAUCUUUUCCCCUUUCUCUUAGUGGGCUUGGUGGAGACAAAUUCCAAGCCGGAGAAGAUGAAGAUGGAUUGCUACAAAGAUGUGAAAGGCACCAUCUAUGACUAUGAGGCCCCCACUCUUGAUGGAAAGGAACGGAUUCAGUUCAAGCAGUAUACGGGCAAGCACGUCCUGUUUGUCAAUGUCGCCACCUAUUGUGGUCUGACAGUUCAGUAUCUUGAACUGAAUGCACUCCAGGAGGAGCUGAAGCCCUUUGGCCUAGUUGUGUUGGGCUUUCCCUGCAACCAAUUUGGAAAGCAAGAACCAGGAGAGAACACAGAGAUUCUUCCUGGGCUCAAGUAUGUCCGUCCAGGGGGAGGAUAUGUACCUAAUUUCCAGCUUUUUGAGAAAGGCGAUGUGAAUGGUGAAAAAGAACAGCAAGUCUUCACCUUCCUGAAGCACUCCUGUCCUCACCCCUCUGAGAUUUUGGGCUCAUUCAGACAUAUCUCCUGGGAACCUGUGAGAGUUCAUGACAUCCGUUGGAACUUUGAAAAGUUCCUGGUGGGGCCUGAUGGAGUACCUGUCAUGCGCUGGUUCCACAAAACUCCAGUCAGCACAAUCAAGUCAGACAUCCUGGCAUACUUGAAUCAAUUCAAAACUAAAUAG